AUGGCUUCGCGUCUAGCAAAAUAUAAUAAGAAAAGAGGCCGUCAAACGUCUACUCCAAAGGACAAUAACGAGUUGCUCGCCCAGAAAGGAACAGGACGCAUCCCUCGCCGAAAAAGCGUGCGCCUCUCUCGAAGAUAUCCUUUCUGUGAGCAGGAAACUACACUUCCAACGAGUCAUUCACUCGGAAAGACUGCAAUACAAGUAAACAAUCAUAGGAAGCGAUCGUGCACACCUGGGAAACCAGCCAGGCGUCUUGAAAAACGACGGUGUACGAACCCUACCAACUCCAGCGAGGACGCAGUCUACGGAAUAAAGGAUCACAGGAGCAUUGAUCUCCCUUCGACCCAGACCAUCGAACGAGAGCAGCUGAUUCAACCUAAGACUCUUCGUGAUCCACCAAUCUCGUCGCAACAGCGUUCACCUAAGCAUAAACGACUACACCCGGAACCUGAGCGUCCAUCUGAUAACCCCGAUCCCCCAUCGAAGCGGUCAAGAACCGACAAAAAUAGACUUAUUGAGCAUUGGACGCGCAACGAAUUCACGUGGCCUGAAAAGCUUCCGGAACCCAACCCUAUGGAACACUUUCUUGCCCGACCAAACACCCCAUCUCUUCGCCGGACGAAGUCAAACAGUAGUUUGACCACUGCGACCGAAACGAGUUCGCGAGAGGCGAAGAGUAGACCUUACACUAACAAGAACUAUGAUACAUACCUGGAGACUAAGGGCUGUUUUAUGUAUGACCAUGAUGAUGGUAUUGAUCGAGACAGCAAGUCUGCCUGUCGUCAAAUACUGGGCGCGAAUCCCGAGGUUCCCAAGCGAACUGUGUUUGAACAAUGUGCCUUUGAAUCUACGUGUCGAAGGCUACAAAAGAAAAACGAAACUGGGGUUAUUCGCAUCAUAGGUGAAUUAAUCGUUCCGUCAGCAGAGAGUGCAAUCGACCUCAGCCAUGUCACAUUUCCGCAUUUGGUUGUUAGUGUGAAUGAAGGCUGGGAUAGCUCGAUUUCUCUAGAUGAGGAUCAACGAUUGCCACCACCUGCACAAACUCCACAUCUUCCACAAUCUCGACAAUUUCGAUUAUCUCGGCCACAGCCCGAUUAUGCGGUCGGGUUUCCCCGACAAUGCUUCUCUGAAGCUCGACUGGAAAAGCUUGCACCGUUUGUCGGCGAAGUUGGCGAUAUGUCUUUCUUUAUGAGUACUGCAUACAUGUACUUUCCGUUUAUGACAGUUGAAGUGAAGUGCGGAAAGGCGGCACUCGAUAUAGCAGAUCGACAAAAUGCGCACAGUAUGGCUCUCUCAAUAAGAGGAGUUGUCAAGCUCUUCAGGGCCGUGAAGCGUGAAAAGGAGCUACAUCGACAGAUCCUGGCCUUUUCAAUUUCACAUGAUCACUGUUCUGUGAGAAUCUAUGGCCACUACCCUAUGAUCGAGGGAGAGAAGACUACAUACUACCGACAUGCCAUUCACAAGUUCGACUUCACCUCACUUGAUGGCAAAGAGAAAUGGACAUCCUACAAAUUCUCUAUGAGUGUGUACAAUGACUGGGCACCUUCCCAUUUUAAAAAAAUAUGCUCCGCUAUUGAUGAACUGCCCCAGGUAAAUUUUGAGGUGUCGCAGGCGUCACAGAUAUCACAGCAACCUGAAGUAUUACAUCAAUCGGAGCUGAGUUUCUCAGAAUCAACUGGACUUUCGCAAGGUGUCGGAGGCGUUGAUAUUCAAGGCUCUAGUUUUACAUCUGUAUUGGAAGAGGCUGAUGGUUUGCAGAACGUUGCCACGGGUGCUCCGGUAACCCAGCAGAGCGAAGAGGGCUCUGCUGAAGCAUUCAAUAUGUCCAAGAAGAGACGUACCUUUAGAUAG